AUGACUUCGAAGCCCUUUUCUUUUCGAGCACAGCUUUCUUCACUUUCCGAAAACAAUAAAACACAAAACAGCAGCAACACUCUAAAUCAAUAUUUGAACGAGAUAUUUCAUAAAGAGUUUAUGGAAAAGAUAAAAGAAUGGAACAACAUUCAUGAUAAAUCGUGUGAACAUUUCUCGGAAUACAUUCAACUGGUUCAAUUAUUGAAUCAACAAACUCCUAAUGCAACAGUUGAAUUUGAUCAACAAGUGACAAAUAAUAGUUCUUUGAUGGAUAUUUCGUUAACACGGAAAUUGAAACAAGCUCAUGAUUGCUUGUUGAAUUGUAUUCAAGAUUUUUUUAAAAUAGUUGAAAAUUUAAAAGAAAUAGUUUCUCGAAUGAAAUUGAAAAUGAUAAACUCUAAAGAGCAUGAUAGUCAAACAUUGCUCUCAAAAGGACCCUAUCACAUGCUCAGCAAUGCCAUGGAUUACAUUCGAUACGCUGAGGAUUAUAUUUCCAUGUUUGAAAAUGAAUUGGAUUUUAAAAGUAUUACCUUUCAAAGCAUCAAUGAGAUGGAAUCACAAUACGUCCUCAAUACCUAUCUUAUUGCUUGGAAAAAACAAUCAUUUAUGGACGAGAAAAAACUACGUUAUUUAGAAAUGGAACUUGCCAUGCAUCGCAAAGCUGUUACCAAUCUGUAA